CAGAAUUGUUGAUAGAUGGUGUCAUAUCUGAGACAGUGUCUUGGCAUUCACGAUCUACAUACUAGAUGGGGAUCACCGCGUAAACGAAAUAUUGCCUUGGAGACUAUUAUUAGGAUGGUCCACCGUGGAACGGGUACGUUGAUGUACCCUUAUCCAUGGAACUAGGAUUAUAUACAUACAUACACACUGCAGUGACGACCAUGGAGAGUAUACGAACGGUUCAGCCCCCCAACCUUGGUUAUGACUGCGGCUCAGACGGAUUUCCAUCAAGAUUCGUGGUUUGAAUACGAGACUUUCAGCCUUCUGGCCGCUUAAGGAAUUCAUUUGCUCUACAAACUACAGGCUGGGAAGCCUAAAUUGGCUCGCUAGGUCUACGCCACCAUUCGUGUUUCUGGGUAUGGCGGUGCAUCUUAAGGCGGUACAUACAUGAUAGUUUCUAUAAUUAUCAUGUAGAGCUGUAAAUAGCCUCUAGGUGAGAGCAAGACUCAAGUAUAAAAAGGUCCUCGAUCUCCGUCAAAUUCGCAUUCAUUCCAAACACACAUACAAGACAACAGCUAUUCAUAUAUCAAGACUAUCUAUUACUUUUUACAACCUCGAUUACUCUCAAAAUGAAGUUCUCCGACGUCCUGACCCUCUCUGUCGCCUUUGCUACUACUGCGAGUGCCAGCCCCCUGCGUCGUACUGACGGGGUUGUUAUCACCUUCAUCGGCGCUGCUGAUGGUCAAUUCUCUCAGAGCUUCCCCCUUGAUGGUUCUGAGGUGCCUAUCAGCAACCCUCUGAGCAUCUCGCACAUCUCUUCCAGUACUAGUGACAUCCAAUGCACUUUCCACGGUGUUGACAACAGUGUCACAAGCAUCAACGGAGUUGCAAGUGUCGACGUUGGGCCCCCUCAGACCCAGGUCUCUGGCACCUGCUCGAAGCUGGGGGUCAGUGACACCACUCCAGUCAUUCCUCCAGCUACCCCUCCUACCACCCCUCCUACCACCCCUCCUACCACCCCUCCUACCACCCCUCCUACGACCCCUCCUACCAACCCCCAAGAAGAUCCAGCCACAACUCAAGUCGCAGUCAGCUUCAUCGGUGCAGCUGAUGCCAAGUUUGGGCAGACCUUCCCUGUUGAUGGCUCUGCUGUGCAGAUUACUAAUCCUCUGAGCAUCUCCCACAUCGAGAUUGAUGCUUCUGGUGUUUCUUGCACUUUCAAGGGAGUUGACCAGAGCGUCACCACCGUCACUGGACCCGCCACUGUUGACGUCGGUCCUCCUCAGACUCAAAUCGAGGGCAUAUGCUCGGCCGUCUAAGUAGGGAUAUCACCGCGGAUUAUCACUCCAUUAUGACUGUUCAGAUUUGCUCAGAAACCGUCCUUAAAUAUGCAUCGGUUGAGUCACUCAUUACUGGUUCGCACUUUGUUGCAAGGUUAACUGCAUGAUCCACUCAUUUGUUUGUUAGAGUCUGAGGGAUCCUUACUCAUAGACUUAUGAUUAAUCACUUUUGCUCGGAAGAUCUCU